CUCCAGGAGAGGUGCCCUUUGGCCCGGCCCUAGAGGCGUGGGCGGGUCCGCGCAGCCGGGUUUGGCGGCGCGGGGACCCAGGCUCGGCCGCUCAGUUGAGCACGGGGGCUGGCCGGCAGCCAGCGGCCAGCGAACCGCCCAGCUUCAGCCUCGCUGGGCGUACGGGGCGUGUGUGCGUGUGAGCGCGGCCCUCCCGCGGCGGACUGGCCUGGCGGAGCCCGCAGGGCGGGCAGAGGCCGGCUGCUCGGGGAUUGCUUUGUGCGUGCGCCAGCGUCGUGCAGAACACCUGGAAGCGCCUCGUGUGCAGUCAGCAAAUAUGCACGUUCAAUUUAGUGUCUUCCCUUUCAGAACGAGUUUCUGUAUGUGGAACGCAUCACAGGAAGGUGUGGCCAUCCCCUGCAAAAAAAAAAAAGGAAGGAAAGGAAAAAGAACCACAUCACCACCUGGGCCACUCCAAAGGAAGAAUUCCUGAUCUUUGGGAACUCCACCCUCUGCAACAUGGUGGCAGUACUAGGCAUCUGCAUCUCCAAGAAACAGAGUGUAUGCACCAGUGGGCACAGCACUCUUGUGGAAGCUGCACCUGAAGGUCAUGUCUCCUUAGUGGCUACUCAGCUGAGCUGCUAGUUAGCUUCUCUGGUCUCAGCAAUGAGUCGGCCUCCUCUGCCUCUUCCUUGGGUUGGUUUGCCUCAAAGUUCUUCAAAAUGUUUAUAAAACAUGCAGUUGGCUUUCGUUUCCUAACCUGAAGAUGUUCCUUACUCUGGCUUUUGCCAUUUUUCAUUCCAUCUCACUAGAGCAUAGUAGAGAAGUCCUUCAAGGAAGAAUGCUUUCAACAGAGCAGCUGCCAGCUGCUGUACAUUUUCUUUACCUAGUCCUAAAUAUGAGACCUUCAGCAAUACCCUGCUCACUGCUGGCUCAUGUCAUUUAUAUUGCCCUAGGUUUUAUGUUGGAGAAAAGACAAGAAAAUAUGUGGAAACAAGAAGCAAACUUGUUGACUUUUUGACAUUCUUGCUUACACACACGGAGGUGGACCACAACACCUGAGUGAGCUGAAGACAGGGAAAGGAAGAGGCAGUUACUAGGCUGGGAACUGCUUCUCACCACUGAAAGUCAGGAGCUCUGAGCUGGCUGCCUCUGGCAGCUUGGUUCCUUCAUACACUGAAAUAAAUUCUGGUCUCAGGCAGACUCAUUCUCCAGGACGCUGUGGGUGUCAACCAGCCUGGUUCUAAGAUGACAUCAGGGUCCUGGCUAAAAUCUCCCCUUUCUGUCAUGCUACCAUAGCCUUAGAUGAAGCUGAAGCUUCAUCUGAAAUUAUAAGCUGUUUUUGUGUUCUGAUUUUACCUUUUCCACAUAUACCUUAUACAUCAUUAUAAGGUUAUACCAUAGUAUAUUAUGCUUCCAAGAGCCCUGAAUCAUUUGUUUUGACAACUUUCCCCAGUUUCUAAUGUCAUAAGGACCCCUGCUAAUUGAAUUUACUUUAACUUCUCUUUUUUCCAAAAUUUAUUGGAAGGAUGUUUAGUGUGGACAUUAACCAUGUUAUCAUUUUUAUGCUCAUAACCAAAUCAGAAUUAAAUUUUCCAAUACGUGUAGCACUUUAUCACAACAGCUUGCUACAACUCAGAUACAUUAAAAAUGUUGCCUUGGCCUGCCUCCGGGCCCCGGGUCUAAGGCGAACCGGGAAGGGGUACGGGUGGCCCUACCGCCCGGUAUUUUCCUCUGACCCCUGCAGGAACAGGUGAUGCCAAAUCCGCUGCCCGCGGCGAGGAAAAGUCGGGGUUGAGCCCCAGCCGAGCCGAGGCUGGUGGUCCUCUGGUCUCCCGGGCUCGCCCCACCUGAAGAAAUGAGUGGUGGCUUAGCUCCAAGUAAGAGCACAGUGUAUGUAUCCAACUUGCCCUUCUCCCUGACAAACAACGAUUUAUAUCGGAUAUUUUCCAAGUAUGGCAAAGUUGUGAAGGUUACUAUAAUGAAAGACAAAGAUACCAGGAAAAGUAAAGGGGUUGCAUUUAUUUUAUUUUUGGAUAAAGACUCUGCACAAAACUGCACAAGGGCAAUAAACAACAAACAGUUGUUUGGUAGAGUGAUAAAGGCAAGCAUUGCUAUUGACAAUGGAAGAGCAGCAGAGUUCAUCAGGAGGCGAAACUACUUUGAUAAAUCAAAGUGUUAUGAAUGUGGGGAAAGUGGACACUUAAGUUAUGCCUGUCCUAAAAAUAUGCUUGGAGAAUGGGAGCCUCCAAAGAAGAAAGAAAAAAAGAAAAAAAAGAAAAUUCCUGAACCAGAAGAAGAAAUUGAGGAAGUAGAAGAAAGUGAAGAUGAAGGGGAAGAUCCUGCUCUUGACAGUCUAAGUCAGGCCAUUGCAUUUCAGCAAGCCAAAAUUGAAGAAGAACAAAACAAAUGGAAACCCAGUGCAGGGGGUCCUUCAACAUCAGAUGAUUCAAGACGCCCAAGGAUAAAGAAAAGUACAUAUUUCAGUGAUGAGGAAGAACUUAGUGAUUAAAAUUGUAUUUAUUAUGUAAAUAUUUUAAAAAUAAAUUCUUGGAGUAUAAACUUAAUUUGGGAAGUAAAGAUUACUUUUAGUAUUUGAACAUAAGAAUACUUAAUAUCAAAUAGUUUUGUACUAUAAAAUAGUUCAUAGGAAAUUUAAAAAUAAUUUUAAAGCAUCAUGUUUCUCUUUUGCCUUAGCAAAGUACAGGUUGAGCAUCCUUAAUUCAGAAGUCCAAAAUAAUUCAAAAUGCCCCAAAAUCCAAAACUUUGAGCACUAAUAUUCCACCUGAGGUGGAAAAUUUUAUACCAUAAAACUUUGUUUCAUCCACUUUAUUAAAUAUAUGUAUAAGCCAUAUGUGGUGGCAAACACCUAUAAUCCCAGUGACUUGGGAGACUGAGGAAGAAGGAUCACAAGUUCCAGGACAAUUAAACAAUAGCAAAACUCUAUUUUUAAGAUAAAAAAAUAUAAAGGGAAUAUAGUUUCAGUGGUAGAGAGCUUCUGGGCUCAAAUCCCAGUACUGCAAAAAAUAAAAAUUUGUUAAAAUAAAAAGGUUUAAAAUUACCUUCGGGUUAUGUGUAAAAAUAUAGGGAACAUCAAUGAAUUUCAUGUUUAGACUUAUGUCUCAUCCCUAAAAUAUCUCAUUAUAUAUGUAUAAAUAUUCCAAAAUACUUGUGGGCUCAAGCAUUUUUGAUAAGGAAUUCUCAACCUGUACUAAAAAUCAGGAUUUGUUAGUAAUAAUCUUGUAAAGAACUAAUUGUAAUAAAAAUAAGAAAAAUAUGAUAGUAAUAUUAUUGUUUUCCCAUAGGAAAAGGCAGAUAUUCAAAUGACAUUUAAAAACUUGAUAUUAAAAGCUUUAUUAAUAUCCAAUUGGAUUAUAUGAGGGUUUGCAAAUAAAUUUAAUCUCAAAACAAAACUUCA